AUGACGAACCUCUCUCUCAACAGAGACGCCCACCUCGCCGAGAAGCUGGCCGCGCUACAAGCGCACGGCGUCAGCGCGCAAUCGCUCCCUACCUCCGACGACUCCAUCCUCUACCUCGCCUACGGCUCGAACCUGAACUCGGAAACCUUCCUCGGCAUGCGAGGCAUCCGCCCUCUGUCCAGUACGAACGUUGUCGUGCCCAGUCUGUGGCUCACCUUCGAUCUACCGGGAAUCCCUUACGCGGAGCCGUGUUUCGCGGCAACGAGAUACCGUCCGGGUGCUGCCGAGGGCACCGAGGAUAGGGGAUAUCACGAUGAGGAGGGCGUCGCAAAUGUCCGCAGCGACACGGACUACGCUCCACCGAAGGAAACAGACCCCUCCCUGCCCCUCCUCGCCACCACCACCACCACCCCCACAGACGGAGAACCAGACUACAGCCCGCGCAUGCCGCUCGUCGGCGUCGUCUACGAGGUCACCCUGUCCGACUACGCGCGCAUCAUCGCCACCGAAGGCGGCGGCCGCGGCUACAUCGACACCGUGAUCGACUGCUACGCCUUCCCCAAGACCUAUAAUCCCCAAACCGACCCGGUCCCCGAGCACCCCGGCACUGUGCCCUUCCAGGCACACACGUUACUUUCCCCUGGUGCGGCUGCUGCGGCUGCUGCAACCGCAACCCCCCUCACACCGACAACCUCCAAAUCCACCCGCCCCAACCCCUUCUACGCCCAACCCUCAGCCCGCUACCUCGGCCUCAUCCGCGCCGGCGCCGCCGAGCACAACCUCCCCCGCGCCUACCGCGCCUACCUGGCCGGCAUCCGGCCGUACCGGAUCACGACGCGGCGGCAGCGGGUCGGGCAGGUCGCGUUCCUGGCGGCGUGGGGGCCCGUGGUCAUGGGGCUGAUCGGGCUGGGCCGCGCGCUGGCCGGCCCGGAUGGUCGGCAUCCGGGCUGGUUGGUGCGGGCGCAGGACGCGGUGUUUGGGGCGAUGUGGCGGUCGUAUGAUUCGUUUUUCGUGAGGGUGUUUGGGGAUGGGGAGCGGACGGUUGGGUCUGCGGUAGUUACUAGCUAG